GGAGGGCUUGGACUGUGUGGCAUAAGAUGGUCCUGGGGGUCUCUUCCAACUCUUGAGAUAAUAUGAACCUAUGAUUCCCAACCCUAGAGACACCAAGGGAGCUUUGGAUUCACACCACAGGACAAGAGGUUCUACCUUCUCUGGAGGUUCUUAAGCGUUGGUUGGGUGGCCAUCUGUUUGGAGGGCUUGGAUUGGGCCUUCCUGUAUGACAGGUAGGAGUUGGACUGGAUGAUCUUGGGGUUUCUUCCAAGUCCUAAGAUAAUAUGAACCUAUGAUUCCCAACCCGCCUUUUUUUAGGUGUUCCCUUAGACCAGGCAUGGUCCAACUUGGUUCCUCCAGGUGUUUUGGACUUCAACUCCCACCAUUCCUAACAGCCUCAGGCCCUUUCCUUUUCCCCCUCAGCCGCUUAAGCGGCUGAGGGGGAAAAGGAAGGGGCCUGAGGCUGUUAGGAAUGGUGGGAGUUGAAGUCCAAAACACCUGGAGGAACCAAGUUGGCCCAUACCUGCCUUAGUCUACUCUUCCUUGUAAUUCCUUAGUAUUUUGGCUGAGGAAUUCUUCAAGAUGCCUUUCGCCCAUGAGGUAUAUAGGGGCCCCGUCUCCCCUCCUUCCUUCUUUCUUUCUUUCCUUCCUUCCUUCUUUCCCUCCCUCCUUUACACAUUCCUCACUGCAAGCAUCACAUGGGGAAAAGAGACCCCCGUAAAAGCCAGUCGGACUGAUUUUUAUUCAUCCCAGGAAUCAAAGACCGAACUCCAUCGCCGAGAGCGGCUUGUGCAUGUAACCUUUCCUCCUCCUUUCUCCUUCCUCCCAACUUUGCUUGGAGUUUUUUGUACUUUAUUUUUUUCCCUUUCGGACUUUAUUAUUUUCUUCUGCAAAUGCUGGAACUAGAACUACCGGCGACUGGGGAUUUGUCAAGCUGGAGCUUUGCUGACCUGCUUUGGAUGAAUGUUUUUGGUUUUUUUGAAUCUAAAUCUUAACUACCUUUGACGUCGAAAAGAGACAAGACACCUGCCCAAGCUUUCCAAUUAUUAUAGUUUUUUUCUAUAUAAGUAUUAUUAUUAAUAUUAUUUUUUGCAUGCAAGCCCAAGACAGAAAUUCAACUUUCCAAGAAGUUCAAUGAUGCCUGUGCCCCUGGAAAGGUUUUUAUGAUCUUUUUAAAAAUGAAAACGUCAUCUCCCAUGAUCCUCCUUAUUCUGGCUGCUCUUCUGGCUCAGCACAAAGUAUUGGCUCUGCAAGAAACUUGUGGCAUGGCGGAGAGAGCAGACAUGGUGUUCCUUGCGGAUGAGUCCUGGAGUGUUGGGGAGAGCAACUUCCAGCAGGUCAAAGACUUCAUCUACAAUGUCAUCCGGACGUUUGAAAAUGUGAUGUUUGGAAAGACCGGUCUCCGUGUGAGUGUGGUGCUAUAUGGAGAUAAACCAAGGAUAAGCAUUGACCUGACAGAUUAUAUCACAAUUGAGGAGGUGUUGGUGGCAGUUCGGGAUCUGUCUUUCCAAGGUGGCAAUGCCAGGACGGGCCAUGCCCUCUCCUUCUUGGUUGACACAUUGAUCACUGCAGGAGCCUUGAGAGGAGAUGCAGCAAAGGUAGUCAUUUUAAUUACAGAAGGCAAAUCUUCCAAUUCUGUCGAAGAGCUGGCAGCGCUCCUAAAGGACGCAGGAGUAACAGUGUUUACAGUGGGAAUUAAAAAUGCAGAUCGGAAUGAGCUACGGAAAAUAGCAUCCGACCCUGUAGAGGAGCACGUGCUUUAUGCCGAAGACUUCCAGCAGCUCGGCAGCCUUUCCCGAAAGCUCUCCAGGCGACUUUGCAUCACCGCUUCAGAGCCUCCACAACCGGUCAAGCAGAGAGAGAAUGUGGAGAAGAUAACAAAACCACGGGACCUGACUGUCAGUGAGCAAAACUACAACUCUCUGAGACUCACCUGGACACCAGCCAACGGGAAAGUGACCGGCUACCAAGUCCUCUUUGAUUCACUCUCUGCUCCUGGGCAAGAUGUUCCAAUGGAUCAGCGACAGAUUGUUUUGGAUGCCAGCGAGAGCACAGUGUUUGUGACAGAUCUGAAACCUAACACGAAAUAUUUCUUCACCGUCUUGGCAGUCUACGCCGACGUUCUCGGAGAGCCAGCAACCGUCAAAGGCAAAACAACAUCCAUUCCUCCGGUGACCAAUUUCCGGGUCAUUGAAGAAGGACUUUCAAGCCUCAAGGUCGCCUGGACUCCACCAUUAGGGAAACUGGAGGGCUAUAAGAUCUACAUCCCCAAAUCCAACAAGACUGGGGUGACCUCCGAGAAGAUCCUAGGAAGCGGCUUCUCCUCACACCUUCUGGAGAACCUGCAAGAGGAUAAGGAUUAUACCAUCAGCAUUUAUGCAGUCUACCCAGAAGGUCCAAGCCAACCAGUGUCAACAAUGGGCAGAACUUUGAAACUAUUGCCCGUAAAACACAUCUGGCUCCAAAAUGAGACAACCAAUACCAUCCAGGCCAGAUGGACGCAGGUCAGGGGAGCAUCUGGAUACAGACUGACAUGGGUGUCUUCAGAAGGCAGUGUUCAGAACGUCAAUUUGGGUGAAACGUACAGCUACUACAUGAUCCAAGGUCUGCAACCUGGGGCCGAAUACACCGUCACGGUUAACCCCAUCUUCGGCGCCACUGAGGGCCCCAUAAUAAUGGCUAAAGCAACAACUUUGUCGUCAAGCGCUGUGCAGAUUCUGAAAGCAACAGAUAUCACCACCAAUUCCGCCUUGGUUUUCUGGAAUUCAGUCCCAGGAGCAGCGGGAUACCGAGUGACAUGGGGGCCGACUCCAGAGUUCUUUGGCAGAGACCGUCCCCGGCAGCUUGCUCUGAACGGCUCCACCACGGCUUUCCACCUGCAAAACUUGGCCCACGACACCGAAUACGUGAUUUCCCUCUACGUUCUUUUUGGUGCAGUGGAAGGUCCUGGGAUCACUAUUACUGCGAGGACAUCUCCUCUGGGUUAUGUCUCUGAUUUCAAGGUAGCGUCUUACACAAGUGCUUCCAUCUCUCUGUCUUGGAGUUCGGUUCCCGGGGCCACCAAAUACAAAAUCACCUGGAAACCAGACGACAAAGAGGAAGCAAGAAAUACCAUUAAGAAUGUUCUCCUUGAUGGCCAUGUACGGGCUCAUCAUUUGGAGAAUCUGCUGCCUGGUACCAAAUACACUGUGGGCAUCAGUGCCAUAUUUGGAAGCUCCGAGGGGAAAGUGGUAACUCUUACCCAAAACACUGGUCCUCUUGCGAAUCUAUCCACCCCUCUUAUGGCUGUUACGCCAGAAAUACCCAUCACUACAAAACGCCAGCCGAUGCGUUCCAGUCCAUUGACUCUUCCUACAGCCACUUCCCUCGGGCCAAGAUUCACCGCUGCGCACACAGAGAGAGUCGCUAAGACGUCGGUCUCCUCGGUGACCACUCCUGGACCAAUCUGCAGUAAAUUCAAAGCAGACAUUGCCUUCCUGGUGGACGAAUCUUCAAGCAUCGGACAAAGCAACUUCAUCAAAGUCAAGGACUUCCUCUUCCGCAUUGUCUCCUAUUUCCCCAAAAUUGGGCCUGAAGGGACACAGAUUGCUGUCACCCAGUAUAGUGAAGAACCCAGAAUGGAAUUCCACUUUGAUCGGUAUAAAGACCGGAAUGGUGUGCUGAAAGCUCUCAAGAGACUUCGUUAUGUUGGGGGAAACACAAAAACAGGGAGAGGCCUUCGCUAUAUGCUGAAGGAGGUGUUUCAAGCUUCCAAAGGGAUGAGGCCUUCAGUGCCACACACAUUGGUCCUGCUGACAGAUGGUCCUUCUCAGGACGAUGUGUUGCCCCCAGCCCAAGUGGCCCAUGUUCUAGGGAUUCGUCUCAUCAUUAUAGGUGUUUCAGGAGCUGACCCUGAGGAACUAAAGAAGAUCCUGAUGAAUCAGAAUUUGGAAAAUCUCUUCUAUGUCAGCACUUUUGAUGAUCUCCCACAGAUCAUAAGGGAGCUCAUAGAAACCAUUUGCUUUGGCUCCCUGCAAGGUGCUAUUGUGACACAACAUAACAAGGAAGAAAAGACGGAGAAGUCACUGCUUGAGGAGAAAGGAGACCUGCCCAUCUCUGUUCCAUCUCCUGUCCCACUGACGAUCCAGCCUCCAGAAGGACCAUGUGGCCUCAGAUGCCCCAAGGCCCAGAAAGGAGAGAAGGGAGACCGAGGCCCACCUGGAGAUGUGAGCUUUGCUGGUCUACACACAGGAGGGGGAUAUGACCCAUUCAGUUUUGCCACCAAAGGAGAGAAAGGAGAGCGGGGACUUCCAGGGAAAGAUGGCAUUCCCGGACUGCCUGGCAGACCUGGGCGAACGGGCUCCCCUGGCUCUCCUGGACUGAUGGGCCUCCCAGGCAUACAAGGGGAUCAUGGUCCACCUGGAUUUCCUGGCCCACCAGGGCCAAAAGGAGACAGAGGGGAGCCGGGAUACAUGUUAGGAAGCAUGGAAGUUAUUCCAGGUCAAGGCGGACAACCUGGCCCACCGGGUUACAAGGGACAACCGGGAGUGCCAGGAGUGCCAGGCCCACCAGGUUUGCCCGGUUUACCUGGACCUCAAGGACCACCUGGUUUGUCAGUCAAGGGUGACUCAGGAGAUCCUGGGAUCAGAGGACCUCGAGGAAAAGGUGGGACCAAGGGAGAGAAAGGAGAACUUGGAGAAGUGGGAAAGGCUGGCUUACCUGGGCCAAUUGGGCUGGAUGGCACUCCAGGAGCGUCUGGACCAAAGGGUGAAAAGGGUGAAGCAGGGAUUGGUGUCCCAGGGAUCCCUGGCUUCAAAGGAGCCGAAGGAGACAAGGGGAUGAUGGGACCUCUCGGACCUCAAGGACAGAAGGGUGAACGAGGAAUGCCAGGGCCUGAAGGACCAACUGGUUUGAGGGGUAAAAAAGGUCUAGAUGGUGUGAAGGGGGAAAAGGGAGAACGAGGAGAGACGGGGCCAAAGGGUCUCCAGGGGAUUGCGGGUCUUCCUGGUCCUAUUGGACCAAAAGGAGAUCAAGGCAUCCAAGGAUUUCCUGGGGCUCCAGCAAUGGGAGUGGUGGGACCCACGGGCAAGAAAGGUUCCAGGGGAGAUAUUGGGCCAGUGGGUCCUUCAGGUCUGAAAGGAGAACAAGGAAAACAAGGAGAAAAAGGAGAGAAGGGAAGUCCUGGGUUUGGCAUUCCUGGUCAACUGGGAUUGAAAGGGGAACCAGGAGAGCGGGGAAAUGUUGGUUUAUCUGGGAAGCCUGGGCAAAAGGGAGAAACUGGUCCUAAGGGCAAUAAAGGAGAUCCAGGACAACCGGGAAACCCAGGAGAUCCUGGCCUAAGAGGUAAAGAUGGAGAGCCAGGAAACAAGGGAGAACCUGGAGUUCAGGGGGAAGGAGGUGUUCCCGGAGAGCAAGGAGAGAGAGGAGCCCGGGGUCCAACCGGUCUUCCAGGACGUCCCGGAGAACGUGGGAUGAAAGGAGAUGCAGGGGAUCCUGGAAAGGAGGGAGUCACUGGAGGAAAAGGAGACAAGGGAGAAUCUGGACAGCCUGGACCUCCAGGAAUGCCUGGUGAAACUGUUCUUCCUCUGGAAAACGGCAUCACCAUCAAAGGAGAAAAGGGGGAACCUGGACCUCCUGGCAAAGGAAUAGAUAUCAAGGAUCUGGAAGGCCUUUUUGAAGCUUAUGGUAUCAAGCUGGCUGUUUUGAAGGAACUGACAGACCUUCUCCUGCAGGAAGGGUUUGAAAUGGUGACCCAACAUAUAGCUACUUCCAAAAAAGGGAGAGGAAAGGCAGCCAGGAAGAAACAGGGACCCAAACAAGGCAUGGACCAUGUGGCUCCAGCGAAGCCUGAUGUUCCCAGUGAGACUUUAGCUACCACCGUAGAAAUUCCCAGAGAAGAUCUGAGCAUAAAUGGAGACUAUGCCACCCAAGAAACGUUCUUGCCUUCUUUAACUUUACCACCCACCACUAUUACUGAGACUGUUGCAGAAGAGAAGUUUACAACUCCUAUUAAUAGCAAUUCAGGGACUUCUGAAAUAACAGCCAGCAGCCUACAGCUGCGCCAGAUGGAAACUAUGAAAACAACAGAAAAUCCAGAAGGAGGGGAAACAGCUGGAAAUUAUGACUUUCUACAGCCGGGAGGAAUUGCUGAAAAUGCCACUUUGGAGUCUCAAGAAGACAAUUUCUCCCUGGAAGAAUUGUCAAUAAGAAAAGUGAUGGAAGGAGAGUUGGAACUUGGACCCAUUCACAUCAAUUUGGAGACCCAAUUCCACUCUCUGGAGAAUGCAUCGCUUCAGGUGACAGAGAAUCCAAAGAUAAGGAAAACUGGUGAAGACCCAUUCAAGGUGUCCCCUUUUCCUGAGCUGGAGGUGGAAGGUAGUUCUUCAGAGCAGGCAUCCAGAGAGGAGCAGGAGCCAAGGAAGAAAAGACGAAGGGAGAAGAAGAAGGAGAAAGAAGACAGUCAAGUCAUGCAAGAGGAAAGCACCGAUGCUUCUGCUAAUGCUGCGGAAACAAGGAACCCCAGAGUUCGAAGAACGGCGGACAACCAAAACCUCACGGUCCGCUCUCCUGGUGCUCUUGGAAUUAAAGAAACCCUGGUGGGAUUUCAUGCUGGGAAUGGAGCUUAUCCUGGGGCGCAAAGAACAAGGAGAAUUAAGAAGCAAGAAUCGGACACAGUGGAUGGAGAUUUUGGAGCCAAUCGAGAUCAAAAGGCCAGUAUUUAUUUCCUGUAAUUGUAAAAGCAUGUCAUUGAACAGCAGCUGAUACUUUUGGGCUGAUGGGUAAAGUAGAGUCUAUAGUGAGGACACACAAGAUGCAUCUGCACCACAGAAUGAAUGCAGUUUGGUACUGCUUUUGCUGCAGUGUCUCAAUGCUAUGGAAUCGUGGGAGUUGUAGUUUGCUAAAGUACCUGCACUAAAGACC